AUGCGCGCAGUCACUCUAUUGAUCGCGCUGCCCGCGGCGCUGCACGCGUUCCGCGCACCGACGCCCCUGCUGCGCCCGAACAUUGCCGUCGCCGCAACCCCCGUCAGCGAGCUCCUCGCGGGCGAGGUCGCGGUCGGCGACGCGUCGAUGACGCGGGCGGCGGUCGUCGCGGACCUCGCGGCGCGCACGGAGGCCUGCCGCGCGCCCGCGGCGGACGUGCUGCCCUACGCCACGGACGACGAACGCGACGCGUGGUUGCUCCGAUUCUGCGCCGAGGCCGAGGACGUCGACCUCGACGCCGUCGCGGCGCGCGUCGAGGCGAGCGUGGCGUGGCGCCUGGGCGAAGGCAAACCCAUCGUCGAGGCGGCGCGCGACGCCGUCGCGGCGGCCACCGCGACGCCGGGAUCGUGGGACAACGGGCCCGUGCUCGCCGCCGCCCCUCAUUCCGCCAAGAUCGAGCCCUGGGUGCCCGCGGGCAAGCUCAUGACCAUGCGCGGCGCCGGCGGCCUCGUGUACGCCAUCCGCGCGGGUCUCAUCGACGACAAGGGCCUCAUGGCCGACGUCGACGCGGACGCCCUAUCGUCGUUCUUCCUCUACGCCAAGGCGGUCAACGAGCGCGUCGUCGCGGCGCUCACGGCGCGGACCGGCGAGCUGGCGACGGUCGUCACGGUCAACGACCUCCAGGGCGUCGACCUCUUCGGCGACGCGUCGUUCCGCAACGCGCUGAGCGCGGCGUCGAAGCAGGGCGACGCGAUCUUCCCGGGCCUCUCGGGCCCCACCGUGCUCCUCAACCUGCCGCGCCUCCUCGGGGCCCUCGUCAAGCUCUUCACGCCCCUCUUCCCGCCGGCCGUGCGCAAGAAGCUCAAGUUCGACAGCUUCGACAUCGGCGCCGAGGACGCGCUCCUCGACGCCGGCGGCAAGGCGAAGCUCCUCGCCUACCUCGACGACACGCUGUUCGAGGCCGAGGGCCGGACGUUCCGCGACGGCGAGGACCCGCGGUGGACGGCGAUCCACAAGAACGACUACACGAACAAGGCGCUCCAGUUCUACCACGAGGACUACGUGACGACGUCCGGCGGGUCCCUAAAUAUUACGACGACGCCGGAGCACACGAAGUUCGAGAGCCACCAGAUCAAGGACAAGAAGCACGUCCGCGUGACCGUCAAGAAGACGUACCGGUCCGGCAUGGUCCAGGGCUGGAACAAGUUCUGCUUCACGGGCGGCAUCCUCGAGAUCCGCGCCAAGCUGCCGGGCCGCUACGACGUCGGCGGCCUCUGGCCGGGCAUGUGGAUGAUGGGCAACCUGGCGCGCGCGACGUACGUCGCGUCGUCGAACCACAUGUGGCCCUUCAGCUACGAGGCGUGCGCGCGCAAGGACCAGCGCCGCCAGGAGAUCAACGGGUGCAUGCCGCGGCCCCACUUCGGGCUGAACCCGGACCAGGGCCGCGGCGCGCCGGAGAUCGAUCUGUUGGAAGUCAUGCCGGGGGAGGGGUGGCUGCCCUGGGGCCUGAAGAAGCCGUACUACUCGACGUCGCUCCAACUGGCGCCCGCGGCGCCCAUCCGCCCCUUCAACGGGGCCAAGCCCGCGCCGGGCACGUGGUACGAGCAUCUGCGCUACGGCCCGAACACGUCGCAGAACGUCUUCUUCUACGGCAUGCGCCUCGACCACGGCUCCGACGAGGAGUCCUACUGGGCCGACGCGGUGUCCGGCAACACGCCCAUCGGCGCGAGCGAGUUCGAGGACUUCCACACCUACCGCCUCGAGUGGAAGCCCAAGGGGUCCAUCGACUGGUACAAGGACGGCAAGUUCCUCUACGGCAUCGACGACGCGUCGAUCUCGUCGCUGACGGGCGGCCAGGUGCCCGACGAGCCCAUGUACCUAUUGCUGAACACGGCCAUGUCGAGCACCUGGGGCUUUCCCGCGCCCUGCCCGCCGGGCUGCGCCUGCGACUGCCAAGACUGCGCGGAGGAGAAGUGCGCCUGCGGCAUCGCGCCGGGGUUCUGCGCGUCGCUGCCCGCGUCGUUCCUCGUCGACUACGUGCGCGUCUACCAGGACCGGGGCGACCGGGCCGCGAGCCUGGGCUGCGACACGGCGAGCCACCCGUCGAAGGCCUUCAUCGAGGCCCACGAGCACCGCUACGUCGACCCGGACCGCCCCGGCCGCGCGCCGCUGGAGCGCGUCGCGACGGGCGGCGGGCGCUGCGCGACCGACGACGACUGCGGCGGCCGGCCGGCGGGCGCCUGCCGCCGGCGGCGCUGCGCCUGCGGCGCGGGCCGCGCCGGGCCCCGCUGCCUCGCGCCCGCGGGCGCGGACGACGCGCGCCGCGGCCGCGGCCGCUUCUGGCGCCUCCCGGCGCCCGCCGUGCCGCCGCAGCUCGCCGCCACGGGCCUCGCCCUCGUCGCGGCCUUCGUCGCCCUCGCCCGCGCGCGCGCCCUCGCCUUCAAGGCGGAGCGGAGGAGAUAA